AUGUCCGUCUUGAACUCCAAGAUCAUUUUCGACUUCAAUUCCACAAUCAUGAAGAUCACUCACUUUUUUGAAACCUCUCCCACGGCCUACGCCCUUGUUUCUCUGCUGGUUUUACUUUUCUCAACAUAUUGCAUCACCAAUAUUCGUUAUUCACUGCAGAGACUUUCCAACAGACGCUAUCAAGGCAAGGAACCUUCAACACUUCCUUAUGGAGUGCCUGUACUUGGUUCGGCCCUUGGCUUGAUGCGAAAUCCUCACGGAUUCUUCAAGUCCAUUCUUAAAAAGGUUGACAGUGGAGAACCACUUCGAAUGCGUCUUGGUCUUGACCAUUACUACCUCAUUCACGGAACGAGAAGCGUUCAACAAGUUUUUCGAUGUUCCAAAGAGCUUACCUUUGAAGAAUUUGCUCUUCGGGUCGCUCACAAGGUCAAACGUCUUCCAGAAAAAGAUGUUGCUCUGGUAUCAAAGGACAAGUCGGGCUCUGCACGAGUUCCUCUGAUAGAGUCAAAGGAGGAGGAUCGCAUAUGGCGAAAGUUCCAUGAACUCUAUGAGCACCAUCUUAUUGGGUCUAGCGCAGUUUCUGGCCUCACAGAAUUGUUUGUCGGUUUGAUGAACAACGAGCUCGACACUGUUGCCCUCGACGGACCCAUUGAGAUCGGUAUCGACCAGCUUCUGAGAAAACACAUGUUCAGAGCGUCUACCAUUGCUCUUGCUGGUCACGGCGUGUUUGAGGUUGACCCCAACUUUGCCGAUGUCUUUUGGGAGUACGACGUGGACUUCAUGCCUCUUCUCUACGGUCUCCCCAAGGUUCUCUGCCGCAAGGGCUGGAACGCCAGAGACAAGUGUUUGGAGACUACAAAACAAUAUCUCGCAAAUGCUUGGCAAAACCUUGACUGGCAAGCUGCCAAGGAGACCAACCCCGAAUGGGAGCCCAACUUUGGUUCCAGGCUUGUCCGCGAGCGAGAAGUGGCCAUGGAAAAGUAUGGACUCGGCCUGGAGGGAAGAGCAUCUUUCCAAAUGGGUCUCAUCUGGAGUAUCAACUCCAACGCUAUCCCCAUGACAUCCUGGAUUAUUAUUGAAAUUCUCCGCCGGCCAGAGAUUUUCAAAAGGAUCAAGGAGGAAGUCGCCAUGGUUUUCGACAAGGAGAGCAAGCAUAUUGAUAUUGCAGAGAUGAGAAAACUACCACUGCUCAACUCAGUGUACCUCGAGUGUCUCCGUCUCAGGUCUUCUGUUUUUGUUGUUCGCAAACUGCGAGAGUCUAUCGAGCUCGACGGGUACACACUCAAGCAGGGAAAUCUCAUCCUCGCACCAUCAUACCUGGCUCACAGCGCUCCCGAAGUGUGGUCAUCAGACUCUUACCCACCAGAGGAGUUUUGGCCUGAGAGGUUCAUCAAGAAAGGCUCGGCUGGUAUUACGGCAGGCAACUACUUCCCCUACGGAGGCGGCGUAGCCAUGUGCCCUGGACGCAACUACGCCAAGCAGGAGAUCUUGGCAGCCGCAACUCUGUUCUUUGCACACUUUGACGCUGAGCCGCUGCGAUUCGUGGAUGACAAGGGCAAGACGUCUGACAGGGGACCAGAGGUUGGCAAUGAAGCCAGGGGUGUUGCAAGGGUUGAUAGGGAUAUGGUUGUUCGGUUAUGGCGCGCUUAG